AUGGCAUCAAACUACAACGGCGCCCGCCGCGCCGGCCAUGUCAACUUCUCGAGCUUCAUUCACGAUCUGAACGAGAUCACGCCCCCGCAGCAGGAGGUGUCGCCCACCAACGACAAGUGGGAGGAUGACCUCUCCAUGUUCACCAACACGAACUUCUUGGACUGGGACCAGUCGUCUGCCUCGGCAGCGCCGCCAGCAGCCGCAGCACCAACGCCAGUCAUGCCCGCCAAGGAGGUAGAGGUCAAGACAGUUGCGCCAGCAGCGGCCGACCCUUCGCUCACAUCGGCAGUAGGAGACUUUGACUUUGCCACAGGUUAG